CAGUGCCAUUUUUGUAGUUUUUCUCCGUUGCAGUUCUGAUGUUGCAGUUCUAGUCAAUGGCUAACCUCGCUGAUCGAGCCAAUAGUAGACGCUCUCAGGCCACAGGGGAGCAUGGCUGGAAUGACCUGCAGAGCAAGAUGCUUUGCUACUGCUACGGUGUGUGCUAGGCUAGGCUAGGCUAGGCUAGGCUAGGUGGGACUUACAUUCCCCAUCAAGUUGGGGUGGGGGGUCAGAUAUUCUCCAUGACCAGUGGUAUUAGCACAUGUACAUACAGGUCUGGUAUAAAACAGUAACUUUAAGUUUCCGUGGUUCAAGGAUUCAUUUUUAUGUGUUUAUGACAUCAUUUGAUUUUUUUCUGAUUAUAUCUCUGCCUGAAAGUGAUUUACAUGAUGUUGAAGGUUUUCAUUGUUAGAUAAUUAGAGAAAACAAAUACAGGUGGAUUCUCGUUCAACUCAGUCUGAGGGGGCUCUUUUUGAUCCUCACAAGUUUAAGGGUUACCUGUAUUAGGUGUGAAAUGAUGGUUCCUUAUUCUCUAAAAGUUAAGUCUGAACUACCACCAUGUGACUAUUGAAGACUUUGUCUUCCUGGAAUGAAAAUGUGAAUUUACAGCUUUUCUUUGAAUGGCGUUUCUCUGUGUGAUGCACUCAUGGGUUUUACUGCUGCAUCCUCAUCAGCACACCAGGGUGUCGUUGGUUAGUUAGUUUAGUAACCAUAACGCAAACCAAAAAGCUGCUAAAUGUGCAACAUUAAUAUUUUGAAAGAGUUAUUAUGCAGAUCAUAUGUGAGUUAAUAAACAUCAGCUAAAGUUGAAGAAUGUAGUUUUAUAACCUAAUUUAUUACAGUAAUUAGUGCUUUUUCAUGAUCAAAUACAAACCGGUUAAACUUUAGCCACAUACGAGUGUUGAAUGUAGCUCUUUAAUCUCCACCUCCACAAAACCCUGCAGGAUCAUUCCUAGAAGAGCCUUGGGUGUUUGAUCUGGUGUACAGUCAUUUUACUAGAAUUAAAAGUCGGAAAGCACCUCAGUCUUUCUAGGGAAGGCUAUAAAGGGCUGUGCAGCUCUGACCUUUGUUUUCACACGUGUCUUUGUGCAGAGGAGUUUGCUGUUUCUCACAAGUCCUUUACUAACUAGUGUUGAGGAGCUUUUCUGGACUAGAAAACAAAUCUUAAUUGUUGCUGGUUGAACUGGACAAAGUUGGUGGGAUGAAGGACCAAAACUAAGCUCUCUGCUGGUUUAGCCGGAAGGACCUCUCUGCUUUCAGCGUCCAAAAACAGGGAGAUGGUGAACGCCUGGUUUGCUGAGCGGGUCCACAACAUCCAGCCGUCUACAUCCAAAGAACACCCCUCCCAGCAGCGAGUCCACCAGUCCACUACAGAUCUCUCCUCCUCUGCCGCCGUCCUCCCACCCUCUCUCAGCCUCCUGGAGAACCGCUGCCCCUCGCCCGCCUCCAUCUCAAGCCCGGCUCCCGGCACCCCAACUCGCAAAAUCUCAGCUUCAGAGUUCGACCGCCCACUACGGCCGAUCGUGGUGAAGGACUCCGAGGGCUCUUUAACGUUUUUAAGUGACGCGGACCGUGAAACUGUCCCUGUCCGGGGCUCGGUGAUGGGUGAGGGUGGUGUAGGUGAUGGAGGCUGUAAUGGCGGGGAGGGUGACCGAUGUGCCCGCUUGCUGGAGCUGGUCAAGGAAGUGUCGAGUCACCUGGAUGUGACGGCACUUUGCCACAAGAUCUUCCUUCACAUCAAUGAGCUGAUUGCUGCAGAUCGCUACUCACUGUUUCUGGUGGGUGAGGAUAGCUCCAACAGGAAGUUUUUGAUCAGCCGACUGUUUGACGUUGCUGAGGGAACCACGUUGGAGGAAUCGUCCAGUAGCUGUAUCCGUCUGGAGUGGAACAAGGGCAUUGUGGGACAUGUAGCCGCUACGGGGCAGCUGCUCAACAUCAGAAACGCUUAUGAGGACUCCAGGUUCAAUGCAGAAGUGGACCAGAUCACCGGAUACAAGACCCAGAGCAUCCUUUGUCUGCCCAUCAAGAACCACAGAGGAGAGGUUGUCGGAGUCGCUCAGGCUAUUAACAAGAAGUGUGGGGAGGAUGGCGCCUUCACGGAGCAGGAUGAAAAGGACUUCUCCGCUUAUCUGACCUUCUCAGGCAUCGUUCUGCACAACGCACAGCUGUACGAGACGUCGCAGUUGGAGAACAGACGCAAUCAGGUGCUGUUGGACUUGGCCAGUCUGAUUUUUGAAGAGCAGCAGUGUCUGGAGGUCAUACUACGGAAGAUUGCAGGAACCAUCCUGUCCUUCAUGCAAGCACAGGCUUGCACCGUCUUCAUCACCGACGACGACUCACUGAAUUCCUUCUCCGGUGUUUUUCACAUGGAAUACGAGGAGCUGGGUGAAGUCCUAGAGCCCCCCAAAAGAGACUGUGAUGUCAGUCAGAUUAAUUACAUGUAUGCUCACUAUGUGAAAAACACCAUGCAGCCUCUCAACAUCGCUGAUGUCACAAAGGACCAGCGUUUCCCCUGGACGAGUGAAAACCCAGAUCACACCAGCAACCAGAUAAAAAGUGUGCUCUGCACGCCCAUCAGGAAUGGCAAAAAAGACAAAGUCAUAGGUGUGUGCCAGUUGGUGAAUAAAAUGGACGAAUCGUGCUGCAGCAUCAAGGCGUUUAACAGAAACGACGAGCAGUUCCUGGAGGCGUUUGCCAUCUUCUGUGGCCUCGGCAUCCAAAACACACAGAUGUAUGAGACUGUGGAGAGAGCCAUGGCCAAGCAGGAGGUCACACUAGAGGUGCUGUCGUAUCACGCCUCUGCAACAGAGGAAGAAUCACAGGAACUCCAGGUAACAGUGGUCGCCACAGUUCCAUCUGCACAGUCGCUGCGUCUUCAGGACUUCAGCUUCAGUGACUUUGACCUGUCAGACACUGAGACAACACUUGCUACUGUUCGCAUGUUUGUGGACCUCAAUCUAAUCCAGACGUUCCAGAUGAAGUACACAAGUUUGUGCCAGUGGGUUUUGAGUGUGAAGAAAAACUACAGAAAGAACGUGGCCUAUCACAACUGGAGACAUGCGCUCAACACAGCCCAGUGCAUGUUUGCACUGCUGAAGUCAGGACGCUUCCAGAACAACCUGAACGAUGUGGAGAUCUUGGCUCUGAUGAUUGCAACUCUCUGUCAUGACCUGGACCACAGAGGAGUCAACAACUCUUACAUUCAGAGGAGUGAUCACCCUCUGGCUCAGCUCUACUGCCACUCCACUAUGGAGCAUCAUCACUUUGACCAGUGCCUUAUGAUCCUCAACAGCCCUGGAAACCAGAUCCUCAGCGGCCUCUCUCUGGACGAAUACAAGGUCACCCUGAAGAUGAUUGAGAGGGCCAUUCUGGCCACUGACCUCGCGCUCUACAUGAAGAGAAGAGAGGAGUUCUUUGAACUCACCAAGAACAACCAGUUUGUUUGGGAGGAUGACCAUCACAGAGACUUACUGAGGUCAAUGCUGAUGACUGCAUGUGACAUCUCAGCCAUCACUAAGCCCUGGCCGGUGCAAAAGAGGAUUGCAGAGCUGGUGGCCACAGAGUUCUUUGAGCAGGGAGACAAGGAGAGACGGGAGCUAAACAUUGAGCCGAUUGACCUGAUGAAUCGUGAGAAACGAGACAAGAUUCCCAGCAUGCAGGUGUCCUUCAUUGAUGCCAUUUGUGUUCAAUUAUAUGAGACCUUGGCUAGCAUGUCGGAGUACUGCUCUCCACUGCUGGAGGGAUGCCAGAAGAACCGACAGCACUGGAAGUGCCUGGCUGAGGACUGUGAGAAGGGACUGGUCAAUGGUCUAGUGUGACCCAAAAUCCAUUAUGGCUUCUGGCAAACGUUGGGGAUCCUACUGGUCUAAAGUCUUUACGCAGGAUUUCAUGACUUUAGCAGGAUGUUUUAGAAUGACUAUAUGAGAUGCUGGGUGUGCAGAAAGUGAUCUUGAAAAGUACCCCAACUUUAAAUAAGGUGAAAGCCUAUUGGUUCAUUCUCUAAAUCAGUGGGACUGCAGCUAAUGCUACCAGACAUGCUAACAUCUGAUAUGCUUUUAUAUGAUGUCUAUCACUGUCAGGUCUAGAUGUUUUAUACACUCGGUACCAGGUUCCUCUACUGCUGUAGAAACUGAAAACUUUACUUCAAUGUUCUGUGUUAAUCGUCCCCAAAAGGACAGAAAGAUGACAAAAGUAUCACAAGACAAAAGCAACGUUUAUGGUUAUCGGGGGCUGCAUUUGAGGAGAUUUGUUUCCUCUCAUCACUUCACCAGCUAGCUUAUUUUCAUAGUUCAAAGUUGUGGAUAGUUAGCCUGGUAAGCCAUCCUAUAUAUGUGAAUUUAUAGUCUAGUCACACCCCACAGAGAAAGCUCAGUCGUGGGGCGGGACCUACAGUAGUCUUGUUAUUGGACAAUGAGUCAGCGGAAGUCCACCGUACACUGUCGAAGAAGACACAAAUACAUCCUUUUUCUAAAUGAGGGACAUCUAUCUGCUCCUGACUCAAAGAAAAGCCCACGUCUAAGUGGUCCAAGGUUGAUGCCAAUGUCAUUUCAACACGCCGCUGACAUUUUGUGUUUGAUUAGGCUGGAGUGGAGCGUGGCUAGACAGACAUGCAGAGCUAAAUCGUUUAGCUUUGGUUUGUCUAGAUUUGUAGGCCAUUGGACAGUUACUUCAGUCUGGUGCUCAGCCUACCGAUAAACAUUUUAGUGGCAAACUUCAGCACGGACUUCUCUUACCCUCAGUCCAGACAUUUCCUCAUCUAACUGCUGCGUUGUGAAGGCUGACUUUGCAGCAAAAACCAAGUAGUUCUUUCUAUUAUUGUUGGCCUCGGGUACCAAACACAAUAAUAGCAUUUACUAAUAACGGACUUCUUAACCAGCAGUGGCCUACUGGUAUGAGUGUCCACCGUGAGGUCAUGGGUUCAAAUCCCAGGCGGGUCAUACCAAAGACUUUAAAAAUGAUCCCCAAUGCCUCUGCUCGACACUCAGCAUUAAGGGGUGGAUUGGGGGGGUAGCACCACCAAAUAGUUUUCAAGUGCGACCAUGUCUGCCGCUCCCCCGAGGAUGGGUCAGAUGCAGAGAAAACAUUUGACCUGUGUGUGUGAUGACUAAUGGGCCUUUAACCAAACUCCCAUGUCCAUUGACCAUCUUCUAAUGCUGUGGUUGGUUUAUGGUCCAUUGUUUUUAUGUUGACAUCAUUGAACACACAAGGAAGAAAAAAGCACCCUGGUAGAUUCUGAUUUGCAUGGUGAUGUUUUUAGCAUGUUGUCAUCAGCUAGCUGUUAGCAAAGCCCCCAGUCCCAUUGGUUUAGACGAGUGCAUUUUUUGCUAAAUACAAAUGUAAACCCCAUUUUGUUAGAAGCUAAAAGUGUCUUAGCUAACAAGGGGCACCAAUGUGUUGCAGUCACAAAAUGUACAUUGAUACUCAAGAUCAGGGUCUAGUUUGAACCAUUUCCCGUUGUAAGAGCACCAAGCUGUAUUUAAUACCAUAGCUGUUGUCUUUUUGCACGAGUGUCUCUUUCUGAAGUUUCACCUCCUUGGCUGGUCCCGCUGACCUUUAUGGAUCAGAAUCAUGAGUGGGAUCACUACGAUGUACUUACUGUACACGUCACACUGUGUCACUCAUAUGAACGCUUUUAGACGUCUGUCCACGCACACUAUAUGGGUUUGAGUCUUUUAUACAUUCACUGUCUUAACUAUUGUGUAUUUAUUCUUUUUAUAUAUUUAUUAGAUUUUCUAUAUUGUGAGAGUAUACUUUAGAAAAGAGCAGCACUUCUUACAGCAAACAUAGUUUUAAUACUACAAAACAAGUCUCCCUGUACCUUUUGCAGGAUCUUUCUUAGGAACAGCUCAUUCAGAUGAACAGCAUGUCAUACCAUUAUACAAUAGAACCAACUGGAGGAGCAGAUCAUGUCUCCACUGCUACGAUUGAUCAUGUAAGGCUGAGGUAAAGGCUUCCAUUCCCAUGCUGCUCCACACUAAACAUUUUUAGUAAAACAGGAAACCAGAUGCGUUUUUUAUCGGUAAAGUUAAUUUGACUGAAAGUCAUACGUUUUUUUUAUUUUAGAGGAAAGAGUAAAAUGUUUUCAAGAUUUCAGUGAGAUUUUGUUACAUUUAGAGCUGUUUUUGAGAAGGUCUGAUUAGUUCUCCAGCUUAGUACUCUAGCUGCACACCAACAGAUGAAGGGACAUUUAAACUAGGGAUGCACCGAUAUCAAUAUCACUGUUAUGGCCGAUAAGAUAUUAGCCGAUAUACUGACAUGCUUCUAAAAUCAGAUUUAGUAUGAAAAUGAUUUAAGUUGAAUUUACGUUAUGUACACACACAUUUACACUUCUGAGAUGAUUACAACCACUCAGGGGCGUGUCCAGGGAGUGGCCUGGGGUAGCACAUGCCACCCCAGGUGCUAACACACUAAUUUACCUCUAAAUAGGCUUUUCAUUGUCCACAAAAGGCUUGGGGGUAAAACAAAAAAAGCAUAACCAUUGGUGCCACCCAUGCACAAAGUUGUGCCUCACCUGGGCCACCCCGUUUUAAAAGAUCUGGACACGCCCCUGCAACCACUGUCACAUGACCAAAUACACAUCACAAAAAAAUGUUCAGUGAGGCCUUCACCAGUGAUCGCUCCGAUCGGUCUGGUCUUUAGUCAUUCUGGAUCCAGCCCUGUGCAGGAAGUCAUCAAACAUGGCUAACCCCAUUUGCAUGUGGAUGUACAGGCAGAUCUUUUUGGCUCCUCAAGGAUCGCUGGAGUUUUUCUAGAUCAGACGUUAGAUCACUCUGCAGUUGCCCAGUUGUCUCUGUACUGUGGUUACUGGUGAAAACUGGGCAGGUUUUACAGUUUUCACCAGUAACCACAGCACAGACAAUCGGGACUCCCCCCACCAAAACAACCUCCCUUACCUGCUUGUGUGAGCUUUAACACCAGAAGAUAUUUGAUAUGGACGAGGGAACUUGGUGAUUUUAUUGAAUUUAGAACAGUUUGAUACCCAGAUGAGUCACAGGUAGACGGUGUAACAACGCAGCAGCUUCAUCCAUGAUGAGGAUGCAGGAUUGACAGUGAGGCAACUACACAACAUUGAAUGUACUUUUGUUAAAACUAAGUCCUACCUUACCUAAAACACCCCACGUCGGCGCUGUUCGUUUUAGACUGUUGAGAUGAUCGUUCUCAUCUCCAGAAUUCUCGGUACGCACACGAGCAGCGGUCACUUCGUGGCGUUCUCGCAGCACAACUGAAGCACUUUGUACAUGCGCUCCUUUGUAUCUAUGGCCACGUGCUACUCUGUAGCCUCCAGGGCUGUGCUUUUUCUAAAAAUCUAGUUUUCUCACCGAGAGAUCUUCAGGUUGAUUUCAUGCAUGUUUAAAAUAAACAUUUCAUAUGUAAGAGCUGUUUUUAAAGAUGGAUUUCUGUAGACACUGAAUGAAAUAAGCUGAUAUGGUCCCAUGGAGAAAGGGACGUUCUUCUUCUGUCCACACCACUGUGAGCCAAGUAGAGAGUGGCUGAAUAAAGAAUAAAACUUC